AUGAUGUCUGAAGAAGUGGAGACAACAACACCUGAGUAUUGGUUGAAGCGUUGGGAGGAUAAUCAAAUAGGAUGGCACAAAGACACCGUGAAUAGGUUUCUCAUCAAGUACGCCGAUGAGCUGACUCAAGGGCGAUCCAGCUCUCGAGUGUUCGUUCCAUUGUGCGGAAAAAGUCUGGAUAUCUUGUGGUUAGCGGACCAACAGCACAAUGUGGUGGGUGUAGAGCUAGCAAAGCAGGGAAUUGAGGAGUUCUUUAACGAAAACAAGCUGACUUUCAAGCUGGAGAAAGUUAAAAUCGCCUCUGCAACGUUAACAGAUCCCAUCGAUGUUUACAAGUGCGUGGAGAGGCAAAUAACCAUUUUCUGCUGCGAUUUAUUUACUCUGACAGCUGAGGACCUUGGUGGAGAAUUCGAUGCGAUAUGGGAUCGUGGCUCCUUAUCUGCAGUGCAACCUGGAGUAGGAGAUCGAGGCAAAAGAUACGCGAAACAUAUGCGAUCUUUUCUGGCAGCUAAUGGAAGGUAUAUGCUUGACAGUCUCCACUAUGAAAUUGAUCGCGGAAACAGACCACCUGCCAGCAUUUCCAAAGAGCUAAGGAACGACAUUUACGGAGAAGAUUUUUUCAUUAAAGAACUAGAGGUUGAAAGUAUUGGAAACGAUCCAAAUAGUCCUGCGCCCUUUACUAUGGACAAUUACUGCCAUUUGUUCACUCCAAAGGCUAAUUAAAAAUUUCACUUUAUAUUUAGCUUGUUAAUAUUUCAAGAAUGGAUGCAGGCGUCUGGAAGUGGGGUUCAUGAACCCACAUUCCCACUUGUGUUGCACAAGAAUUCGUAAUUCUGCACUUUUUUUAUAGACUGUUCAGAGUCCUCUAUUUUUCUGUAAGAUCAUUUAGAUCAAGCGUUUUGUGUUAUGUGCUGCCAUCUUGCAUGAGUGUCAAAACUACUUAGGGGGCAGGGGCGGUUUGGAAGGAAGCGAGAAAAAUAGAGGGACUGUAAUAACAUCACUGCAGCUCGCGUUCAGGAGGCAUGACAGGAAUUUCACGCCUUUCACAAUUAAUUAAUUAAGAAACUCUGCAGGUGAUGAAAAACAUGCCAGACACAUUUAGCAUCCAUUACGUGUGUUUUCAAAUAUCUCCUUGCGAAACAGUGAUUUUAUAAUAUUCCUGGGCCAUUCCUUGAAAUAAAGUCAGCAAACAUGCACAAGAAAACAUUUUCCUUAUCAAAAUACCAAAAAUCCUUUGUGUGUUUGUGCAAGAUGUGCCUUAUGGUAUGAAAGCGUACUUUUAUGGAAACGUCGACUUGUCAAUGUUGGCAAAAUGCAAAUUAAAACUAUUGUCUAAUGACCAAUCAAUCCAUGCGAAAAUUUGUGAGCGGCAAACUCCGAUAGCUCAGUUGGAAUGAUGAGAUUGAAGGAGCAGAAUAUAUCUUCAUAGGACUAUGAAUAACAUUCUGAUGACUUUUUCAAAGCCGGUCGGCAAAAGUCGAUCCUGCAAAUAUCCACAAGAGUGGUUAAUAACCAAACUCUCCUGCUGCCUGCUUGGUUGCUGCUCACAACAUUAACGUCAUCUUUGAAUUUCAAAAAGUAUUAUGCACGCAUGCGCAUUCUGUUUUUGUCUAGGUGUUUCUUGCCCGUUCACCUCGGAUACGUCACCGAAACGAAUUGACCGAGAGGGACUGGGAAAACGCCGUAUAGGGACUAGGCAAAGCUGCAGUGAUGUUAUUACAGCCCCUCUAUUUUUGUUGCCCCUCCCCCCCCCCAGAGGUAUAAUCCCCGACGCCCGCCCCCUCGGUACAUUUGAAAAUCAAAAUACCCUUGACGGUAAGAUGCGGUAUAUCUAAACGACCUCACGAAAAAAUAGGGCACUGUGAACAGUCUAUUUUUUUUAUCACAAUCCCUACUCCAUUUUUUCCCAAAAAAUACAUUAAAAAAGGCUAAUUUCAGCCAGAACUAAUCAUGUAAUAAUAAAUAUGCAGUGUAGAAUGGCCCUUUGAGAUGUUAAAAUGACAUUUUCAUGUGUUUCAGACUCAAACUCAAAUUUAUUGUGGAACUUAUAGUGCCAGUCAUCUUGUGUUGUUAUGGAGAAAGCGUCAACACCAUAGUCUGCUUUUUCCACUUUAGUGUACAUUGCCUAGCAGAACUGUGCAUUUUUCUUUGUGGUGUGGUAUGGGGAAGCCUUGGUUGUGGCUGCCUGAAAGAGCAACACCAAAACUUUGACCAGACUUGUCAAGUCUCACUACUUUGUCAUGAUUCUUACAAUUUCGUGACCUAUCUCAUGCUCUCAUGAAUUUGCAAAUGAUUUCUCAAGCUUCGUGGAAAAGUCAAACUCCAAAAACUUUUUGGAGCUGCAGGGUUAUUUUUUAAGUUAGAUGUCAAUAGAUAGCCAACUGAAUCCAAAAACAAAGGCUUAGUGGUCACGUUUGAUAACAUUCUUUUAGCCUCCUGUGACUUGCUGCGGCCACCAAAUGUGCAGACUCACUGUUUCCCUUUUUUCAAGAUUGCCGCCAACAAACAUGGCCAUGUUGUCUCUUCAGCAGUGACAAAUAGGAAAGUGAUAUAUUAUUAUUAUUAUUACUAUUAAUAAUUAAUAUUAUUAUCAUUAUUAUUAUUCAGGAAAUAUUUCUGUUAAUUGGUUCACUUCAAGUAUCUAUCUGUGAGAGUCCAAAGAUGAGGUAGUGUCAUGAGUGUUGUUGAGACUAAUCAACAACACCCCCUCCCCACAAAAGUCAAAUUAUCAUCCACUUAGGAAAGGAGGGUUGGGUGAUGGGAGGGGGAGAGGUUUGUUUUUUGUGAUGGAGAAUCAAGGACCAAAAUCUCAAAUAGACUUUGUCACAGGCAUCCCAUGAAUUUCAAGCAAAAUCCAGGCGUGGAUCUAGGAUAAAUACUGACCGAUUAACUAAACGAGCGCCGAAGGUGCAAGCUUCUCGCUGGGUAUGGGGGCGGGCUUCCCCAGGGAAUUGUUUAGAUCACAUCCCUGGAAAUGCCAUUAGGGAGUGCAACCCUAGGGGGUCUAUGAGCAAAAUUUUUGGCAUAAAAACAAGCAUGUAAACUAACAACGAUCAAGCUUUUCAUGAAAAUCACUUUUAUUUCAAGCUGGCUCUUUCUUUCCUAAAUAACAAUGUGCCUUUAUGUUAAUACUUUGUGUAUCCGAUAUGUCAAUCCAUAUACUCUAUAGUCCCAUUUAAUGUUGAUGUGAUGCCCAUCUACCAUCCUGAUGCUCAUGCAUGACAACUUCUUGAGUCUAUUUUGUUGAUUGGAGAUUUGAGGCCAAACUUAAAAUGACAAAGCAAAAUCGUGCCGAGUGAAAAACUUUACCUGUACUAGCACCCGGGGGGGGCACUUGGGUAUUUUUUGGGUGGGUAUGUGCAAUACAAUACAAUACAAUACAAUGUUCUUUAUUUUGAGAGGGUAGAUAUACAUGAUUAACCCAGUUAAGAGUUUUCUAACACAUGGCCCUCUGGGACUCCAAAUUGACUCCACAUGUGCCGCCCGGGACUCCAAAUUGGCACCCCGUUCUAGAAAUAAUUUCCCCUAAAAUUGAUACCCCGUUCUAGAAAUAGGCCAAUUUUUUAUACCCCGUUCUAGAAUUCGCCCUAAAACUAACACCCCGUUCUAGAAAUGGGCCAAUUUUUUAUACUCCGUUCUAGGGUGCAACAAGACAGAACAAGAGUACAACGGUUUGCUUGUCAACGCACUGAACCGUAUUUUUAAAAGCAAUCUGUCCUUGAAUGCUUUCAAAUGGCUGCUUACAAAAGUGGAGAGCUUUCGUGCGUUCGAAAUAUUAUACCCCGUUCUAGAAACCGCGUCUGAAAUGGAUACCCCGUUCUAAACCAGGAGCUUCAAAAUCACGACCCCUUUGGGCGGCACAUACCCGUAUAGUUAAUGUAUGGGAGUAUACCCCCGGGACUAGCACCAACUAGCACUAAUUAAGUCCACAGUGCUCUCGACGAGAGGUUUGGGUACGAGAUUAUCAGUGAAUGGACAGUUUGGACCGCUACAUCGGCACGCCACUAUUUACGUAGCAUCAUUGGAAGUAAAGAAUUUGCAAAUUGUCCAAGGUGAUGUCUGUAGAGGAGGAAACAACCAAACCUGACUAUUGGGAGAAACUCUGGAAGGAUGAUGACAUCGGGUGGCAUGCAGACACCGUUCAUAAGUUUCUCAUAAAAUACGCGGAUGAGUUGACUCGGGGGCGGUCGAACCUGCGAGUGUUCGUUCCAUUGUGCGGAAAAACCGUGGAUAUGUUAUGGUUAGCGGAUCAAGGCCACAAUGUCGUGGGUGUAGAGUUAGCCAAGCAGGCAGUCGAGGAUUUCUUUCAAGAGAACAAGCUGACCUUCAAGCUGGAAAAAGUUAAAAUCGUCGCAGCAACGGAUCCAAUCGACGUAUACAAAUGCGUGGAGAAGCAAAUAACCAUUUUUUGCUGCGAUUUAUUUGCUCUCACAGUGGACGCUGUCGGUGGAGAAUUCGAUGCGAUAUGGGAUCGUGGUUCUUUAGUCGCAAUGCAGCCUGCAGUUGGUAAUGGAGGCAAAAAGUACACGAAACACAUGCGAUCCCUUCUAGCCGCCGAUGGAAGGUACAUGUUGGAGAGCCACCACUAUGAACUUGACCGGGGGAACAAACCACCUGCCAGCAUUUCCGAAGAGCUCAGAAACGCAAUUUAUGGAGAAGACUUUAUAAUAAAAGAAUUGGAGGUGGAGAGUUUUGCAGAAGAUCCAAAUAGGCAGGGAUUUGGUUUUGCUUUCAACAUGCACUACCAUUUGUUAACCCCAAAGGCAAAUUAA